AUGCUGCCGGAGACGGUGGAACAGCUCAGGUUGCUGUUCUCCUCCGCCAUGCACAUGAAGAUGUGGUUUCCCCGUCGCCUUGUCAAGGACUUCCUCAAGGUGAUGUGUAACAACCGAAAGGAGAGAGCCGAGAUGCUGGACGAUAUGGUGAACAUGAGGGGCAAAGAGGCAUCGGCGCCUGUUUUUCAGCAGAAUAUACUCUUGUUGUGGGGCGAGAAUGACAACUUCUUCCCCGUAGAGGAUGGGGAGAGUUUGAAAGAGGAGCUAGGCGAGAAAGCGACACUGCAAACAAUAAGCAAGGCGGGGCAUCUAGCCCAACUAGAGAGGCCGUGUGUCUACAACCGCUAUCUUAAAAAGUUUCUGGCAGCACACUCCCCUUUUGAGUUAUACAAUAGAUCAUCAUAA